AGCAGGAAGAGGCCGUGUGUAAGGGCUGGAACGCAUUGGGAAGCAUGGGAGGUGUGCUGCUGCUGCUGUAGGAAGAUUUGCAGGACUUUGGAUAAGUAAAAUGCCUCCACCCAGAACUAAAACCAGCUUGGGUAGAUCAGCAGCAGCUAGCGGAAAGAGGAAAUCCCCAAAGCAGGCGUUUCCAAAAAGGGAAGAACAUGUGCUCCAGUCCUCAAUUUAUCACUCCUUUACAUCACAAGAAACUGAGAUAAUCCGAGAUAAACUCCUUGCUUGGUAUGACAAGUCCAAAAGAGAUUUGCCAUGGAGGACAAUGGCUUGCACAGAACCUGAUUUGGAUCGAAAGGCUUAUGCGGUGUGGGUUUCAGAGGUGAUGCUUCAACAGACCCAAGUUGCUACUGUAAUUGACUAUUACAACAAGUGGAUGAAGGUAUGGCCAACAAUGGAGGAUCUUGCCCGUUCAUCUCUAGAGGAAGUUAAUGAGAUGUGGUCAGGCCUGGGCUAUUAUUCUCGGGGAAGGAGACUACAGGAAGGAGCAAAGAAGGUUGUUUUAGAAUUGGGAGGAUCAAUGCCUCGGAGUGCUGAUGAGCUACAGAAACUCUUGCCUGGAGUGGGUAGAUACACUGCAGGAGCUAUAGCAUCUAUUUCCUAUGGGCAGGUAACUGGUGUUGUAGAUGGAAAUGUGAUCAGGGUAUUAAGCCGUCUGCGAUGCAUUGGAGCAGAUUCCAGCACCCUAGCAGUCUCUGAUAAACUUUGGAACCUUGCAAAUGCUCUUGUGGAUCCAGACAGACCAGGAGAUUUCAACCAGGGUAUGAUGGAACUGGGUGCUACUGUGUGCACCCCAAAAAAACCUCUGUGUACUGCGUGCCCAUUGCAAGGACAAUGCAAAGCAUACUUAAAGGUAAUAGCAGAAAAAGAGUCAGCUGUCAAAACACUUAUUAAAAAACAAGCUUCCCCCAUUGCUAAAGAUGUUGGAGACAUAGAGGAUUGUGAUCUUGGACCUGGCUUAUGUGCCUUAUGUGUUCCAACUUCUGAUCCAUGGGACAGCUCCCUGGGAGUGGCAAACUUUCCUCGUAAAUCUGCUAAGAAGCCUUCACGGAUGGAGCAAACUGCGAUAUGUGUGUGGGAAAAGUGUGGAGACCAUGGAGAGCUGGAAUAUUUGAUAGUUCAGCGACCCAGUUCAGGGCUUCUUGCUGGCUUGUGGGAGUUUCCCAGUAUUCUCUUGGACGAGAAGUUUACUGAGCAGAAUCGACAGCAUUCUUUACUUGGGCUGCUUCAAGACUUGUCAGGUCAUGCUGUCCCUUUGCAAAAGCUACAGUAUAAAGGAGAGGUGGUCCACAUAUUCUCCCAUAUUCACCAGACAUAUGUGGUGUAUUUUCUGUCACUAAACACAACUGAAAACUGUUCUGUGAAAACAGAAGAAACAGAGCGUCCGUUGACUCGCUGGGUCACCAAGAAAGAGUUUCUGAAUUCAGCUGUACCCACUGCCAUGAAAAAGAUUAUGAAACUAUGCGAGAGUCACGGUUCUAGCUGCACUGCUGUUAACACGUCUAAAAAACGGAAAGGUGACCUAGCUAAAGUCCAGCUACCAUCUGGAAGAAUCAAAACUGAAAAGGGAAAACAGCAAUCUAUACAGAGCUUCUUCAAGCUAGCCACAGAAAAAUAAACUGACACUAGGACUUCUAUAACACAGUAACCUAAUGUAUAAGCACAUUACGAAUGCCAGUUGCCAUUUCUAUACUUUCUAGUGUCCACCAAAAUGCCUUUUCCUAAACUCUCACCCAGCCUAAAGAGAAUGGGAGUUUCAAAGUAGGACCCAUUUUAUUGUGGCCAACUGCAGUUUGUCAGCUAGAAUGCAGCUAGAAAUCCCGCCUCACGAUUGCCUGCCAUAGCAAUGAUUAGCAGCUGCUGCCUCCCAAGCUACUAAAAGCAAAGGAAGACAAAUUGUCCAAAACUGCCAUGUUUGCCAAUUUAAUUCUCAUUAUUUUAGCAGAAACCAUGGCUUUGACCCUUUCCCUGCCAGUUACCUUUGAUUUUACCACUCCACAUUUUGCUAGACAACAAAACUCCAUUGAUGAAAGAAGAACCCAGAAAAAUGGGAUCUACUGGCAGUCAGGUACUUGAUAGGUGGUGACUAGAUUUUACAAUAAGUAGCAGAUACAUAAUAAAAAGAUGAAAAGCUUUUAUGUCAUUAACAUUAUUGGUAUUUUGAUAUUUUUGUUACUUGUGUUGAUUUUUCUAAUAUCGCAGCUUUAAUGCCAUGUCAAAUCACAAACAUUUUUAAAGUUUUGUAAUACUUUUCUGCAAAUGUGUAGCAUAGUGUAACAUUUAGGAGUUAAAGGAAAACUAUACCCCCAGAAGAAUACUUAACCAACAGUUUAUAGUAUGUUAAGUGACCUAUUGAAAAAUUUAGCCAAACUGGAAUAUAUAUAUCUGUAAAUAUUGUCCUUUUACAUCCUUCCCUUAAUCCAGCAUUUAGUGAUGGGCUGUGUGCUCCCUCAGAGAUCACAUGGCCAGAAAUAAUGCAGCUCUAACUGUAACAGGAAGAAGUAUGGAAGCAGAAGACAGGCUUGUUUGUGUGCACUGUGAAUCCUAUGAUCCCAGGAGGAGGCACUUAAUUCUUAAAAUUACAGUUUUCUAUUUAGGAUUACCCAAUAACACAUACUACUAAAAAUGUUUAUUUUUAUGAAAAUGGUUUAUUUAGAUGAAGCAGGGUUUUACAUAUGAGCUUGUCUAUGCAAUAUAUCUUUAAAGAGACCUACAUUGUUUGGGGGGGGUAUUGUUUGAAAAAAGCAAUGUAUAACAGCUGUUGAGUGCUGCUGCCUUUUGCAGAGCAUUUUUAACCACUUUGCAGACCUUUCCUGAUCAUGAUCAAUAAAACACACAGACCAAAGUAGUUUAGAUAUAGCCAUUUAUUUUUAGCGGACAGCAUUUACAUCUUUAUAAAUAUAACCUUUUCCGUUUGAAAGAGGUCUCUGCAGAAAAUCUGUAGAACAUGCCUUUAAGCUACAUAAGUGAAGCAUAGAGUUUGGUGAAAAUGAGUGCUACUACCAAAGAAAUUGGAAAUAUACUACAGUGACGGAGUUGGCCUUUAGCCCCAAAUAAACACGAUUUAUUUUCAUAGCCUAAUGGCAUAGGGAUGCUGUUCUGAUUUCUAUGCCACAUAAAAUAAAGCAGCCAGUGUUUUUUAAAAGUUUUUUUUUUUUUUACUUCUACUGGCAUGUCUGCAUUUUAAGGCAGUAUAUUGCAUAUAUGCAGCCAUAAUUGGGAAAGCCACACCAGAGGUGCUAUCCUACGUAGCUUAGGGUUUGCUGAUUACAUUUGUGUUGGUCCCUUGGACCGACUCGGCAGCUUAUCUGCCCGUGAAGGGGCAGAAACGAGCGGGCUGGCCGACCGAUAUCUGGCCUGAAGCUUGGCGAUCUUACCGUGUAUGGGGACCUUUAGUUUCCAAUUAAUGUUCUAAUAUUAACAUGUAGCUUCAAGCUGUACCUGAGGCUUUCUUUGCAUAUCCAUUAUGUAUUAUCUGUUGCCUAUUUGUUAUGCAAGUUUUUAGCAGUAAACUUUUGCUGAACUAUAAAUAUCAGCAGGUCACACAAUCCUGAGAGACAGUUCUGCAACUGAUGGGAAGAUUGGUUGCUCAUUCAACCAGUAAUGCUGUGUAUUUAUCAGAACAUGAAAAUAUUUUCUAUUUUGUAAAUUGCGGCAGACAUUUUAUGCCAGGUACAGGUAUGGGACCCAUUAUCCAGAAUGCUUGGGACCUUUUCCGUAACUUAGAUCUCCUACCUUGUCUAUUAAAAAAAUAAUUUAAACAUUAAAUAAACCCAAUAGGAUUGUUUUGGCUCUAAUAAGAAUUAACUAUAUCUUAGUUGGGAACAACAGAGAAAAAGGAAAUCAUUUUCAAAAAUGUGAAUUAUUUGAUUAAAAUGGAGUCUAUGGGAGAUGGCCUUUCUGUAAUUCGGAACUUUCUGGAUAACGGGUUUCCGGGUUAAGGGGUCCAAUACACCUGUACUGUCAAAUGACUUACAAAGUGAACUACCUCUCCUAGAAAAGCUUUAGUCAUGCAUUUUAUUCCAUGUGCUAUCAUACUUUUGUAGACUGUAUACAGAAAGCUUAAUAUUUUUAUACAUUUUUAUGUGAAAUAAAAUUUUAUAUUUGAAA